ACACUGAAAAAUAGUUAGAAAAUUUUUAAUAAAUUUGUUCUCGAAUGAUUUUGCCCCUACCUAAUCAAAAUCUGGCUUACGCCCUUGCUGUCUGUCGUUCUGUUGUAUAUCUGUUCUGCUGUUGCCAUUUUAGUCCGACCAACGACGACGCCCUUGAGACAACAAAUCUGCUGGUUUUUUUUGUUAUAUUUCUAGUUUCUGCUUCUAUUUUUGUAAUAUUUCAAUGUUUUUUGCUUGUAUUACAUUUUUGCUAGAUAUUUGCUUUUUCAUUCAAGAAAAAUAUUUAUUUCAAUUUUCCGCGACUAAAUUAAUGGCUUUGGAAUUAAUGACUUGCGUAAGCAAUAUCUUUGAACUCAAAGGCUGUCCUAUCGGCUGUUCUACUUUUUGUCGUUUAUUGCCGUAGAGUUCUGGAAUGUUAUUGGAACUCUGCUGCUGAUAAGAUAAGAACGUUUAUUUGCUCCUUAUCGUGAUCAAGUAGGCGUUAUAAUGUGUGUACUAAUGCACUAGGCAUUCUCAUUCCAUAUCACAUUCGGAGUAGUCACUUUUUAUUGAAUUUGCAUGUUGGUCGUCUUAUGAUGUCAUUUGUGUGAUUCCACAUUUUGAAAAUUGUGAUUUAUUUCAUUAUCAAGAAGCCCCCGAGUGGUUGCUGUCUCAAGAAGGAACUUGAAUUUGUUUCGUUUGUCAAAUGACGCAUAACUCGCAAUGGAUAUCUAUAACUUAUUUUAUAGAUGUUCCUCUACCUAGAUUCUCUUGUGAUGACUCAUUUAUUAUAUUGUCUUUGUUGUUGUCUAGAUGAUGAGAGAAUAAGUUUUUGUGUUGGAAUUGGAAAGAACGCGUGUGGUAAACUAGAACUCAAAAAUUACCCCCUACAACGCUGCCACCCAGCUUAAUUACUUAACUUCUUUACAUUCACACAAAUUACACAACAAAAAUAACAACAAGAAGAUAUAAAGACAAAUACAAAAAAUGACUUCUGUCGAUGAAAUCACCUCAAUUGAAAUGGCAUCGUUAGUUCGACGACCCACAACACCAUCCACACCCAUACCAGCAGGAAUAUCAGAUGAUUCCUCUAAAUCGGAACUAAAACGAACAAGUGAUACAGCAAUAGCAACAACAUCAGCUUCAGCAUCAUCAUCAUCCACAUCAGCACCAACAACAACAACAACAAAUGAUAUAACAAAAAUCUCCUCCAUACAAAUGUGCGAUGUUGGUACCUCGACAUUGGAUACAACCACAUCCAAUACCUACCGUCCGAGUGUUAGUAGUGGCAAAUAUGAGCGUAAAAUUGGCCAUCGACGUGUCGGCGAAGGCGGUGAGAUCACUUACAAAAAGAUACACAGUACCCAAAUUAUGGGCUCCAUUCAACUUGGCAUCCAACAUACAGUUGGUAGUUUGGCAUCGAAACCAAAACGUGAUCUUCUAAUGAAUGACUUUUGGGAAAUUGAAAGUAUAAAUUUCCCACCAGACGGAUCCAGUAUUACACCGGCACAUCAUUAUAGUGAAUUUAGAUUUAAGGUUUAUGCCCCAAUUGCAUUCCGUUAUUUUAGAGAUCUAUUUGGAAUAGCUCCGGAUGAUUUUUUAAUGUCUAUGUGUGCGUCACCAUUGAGAGAAUUAUCAAAUCCUGGUGCUUCAGGGUCGAUAUUCUAUUUGACAGAUGACGAUGAGUUUAUAAUCAAGACUGUCCAACAUAAGGAGGGGGAAUUUUUACAAAAGCUACUUCCUGGGUAUUAUAUGAAUUUGAGUCAGAAUCCAAGGACUUUGUUGCCCAAGUUUUUUGGAUUGUAUUGCUUUCAGUGUAAUAGUAAAAAUGUCCGAUUGGUGGCUAUGAAUAAUUUGUUGCCUUCCGAUGUGAAAAUGCAUUUAAAAUAUGAUUUGAAGGGAUCGACUUUUGGGCGGAAGGCUUCGAAGGCGGAGAGGAGUAAACCUUCGCCGACUUAUAAGGAUUUGGAUUUUAAAGAACAUCAUCCAAGUGGGAUAUUUUUGGAGACAGAUAAAUAUAAUGCGUUGAUUAAGACGAUUCAGAGGGAUUGCAUGGUUCUUGAGUCGUUUCAGAUAAUGGACUAUUCGUUGCUGGUGGGGGUACAUAAUUUAGAUUUGGCUAUGAAAGAGCGAAAAGAAGAGAGAAUAAGGAAUGCCAGACAGAAAUUGCAACGCACUGAGGAGAUUUCGAUGGAAGAUGCACCUGAAGCUGAUCAGGGAAUAGCACAGAUUGAACGUGAUCGUAACGCUGCUGGAUCAUCGGCAUUGAAUCGUAGUCGAUCGAUGAAUCGACAGAGAUUGGUGGCCCAUUCGACGGCUAUGGAGAGUAUUCAAGCAGUUGAUGAGACAAUCGAUGACGAAGAAGAUGUGCCGCAGGGAGGAAUUCCAGCACGUAGUGAAAACGAUGAACGAUUGCUCCUCUAUAUUGGUAUUAUCGAUAUUUUACAAUCGUAUCGACUGAAAAAGAAGCUUGAACACACAUUUAAAAGUAUAAUUUACGACGGAGACACAGUCUCUGUAUGUCGACCAUCAUUCUACGCACAACGGUUUCAGGAUUUUAUGAGUAAAACUGUUUUCAAAAAGACGCCCACAUUUCCACUAAAGCAUUCCCCAUCCAAGCGAAAAACCAGUAGCGUCAGUAAUAAUAUAAUGAUGAUGCCACGAAUGUCAUUGCGAACUAAUUCUUUAACUGGAAGUAGUGGUGGAUCUAGUUCGGGAGCUAUUCCAAAAGACCGAUAUCGUACUAUUCCAUCGGGAUCAUCGACACCUCCACCAGCUUUUGAUGAUAUCUCUGAAGAGGGAAGUAUUCACACGACCGUCCGACAAUCUAGUGCUAGUAGUGAGACUAAUACACUUCUAAAUGAAGAUGGACGCAGCAGCUACUCCAAUACGCAACAGACAUCGACUUUUGUUGCUACAACUGCUACAUAUGUGGUGGAAGAAGUUGUCAGAUAACUUUAACUCUGACUUGGUAGGCUAAAGAAUCUCUCCUUUACUUAAUGUCGUGUUGAUAUUGCUAUUAUUAUUUUUGUUUUUUUUUUAUUAUUUUAUGUUUAAAAGUAAGAUUUCUUUUUCGAUAAUGAUGAUGAUUUAUUUAAUUUAUUUUUUUUAGACAAAAACAAAAAAAAAAAAAUAGAAAAAAAUUAAAAAAUACUGUGUUGGAAAAAAUGGUAGAUAGUUUUGUUGUGUUUGUGUAUUAUGUCAUAAUGGAAGUAGAAAUUUUGUCAUAAUAUCAUGCUCAUGAUCACCAUAAUCUAACUUUAUUUAUAUUUUUGUUUGGACUUAAUCUCAAAAUGUAUUAUUUGUUUAAUUGAUUAAAAUUAAAUUUUAGUUAAUUAGAAAAAAAGAAACAAAAAAAAAUUUGUUGUAAUUUAAAAAUUUAGUUUAACGUGCCUGCACUAUAAAAAUUGUAUAAAAAAAUAAGAAAGAAAAAAAAAAAAAAACAAACAAACUGGUGAUCAUAUUUCAUUAGAAAAUAUGUUAUGAAAAAAGUUUGAAAGCAAUAGAUGAAAGAAGAUUUAAA